CCCCCCAGUUCCGCCUACACGCCACACCCUGCCCCGCCAAGCCCCACAGUAAUUACCCGAGGUAAUCGCCAAGCCUUGUGUCUGACGUUAGCAGUGACGGCCGGCGGGAGGGAACGCCCCGGCCAACGGCCCCAUGACCAGCCCCUGCGUGAUCUGGGUCAGGAGUAGCAUUGGUCGAGCACUAGUUCUGCCCCCUUCCCCUCCCAGGUGACCUGACCUGCAAGGUCAGGCGCGAGGGUCUCGCUCGCUGUCGGUACAGGGGAGUAGCAGGGUCACCGGCGGCACUCACUCGGCCACCCGCUGCCGUUACAGACCCCGACGAGACGCCUGCCCUCGACCACUUCAGGGCCACUCGAAUGAUGCAUCAAUUUUUACUCCCGUUGAAAUAAUCCCCCAUAAUAAAGAGGGGACAAGCGCGUCGUACGUGGCGUGCAAGCCUACUAUGCAAGGUGUCCCAUAGGGCCUGUACUUUUGUUUGGCGAUUCAGACGUGUGGCCACCCGGGGCGUGCCGCCGUCGGGCCGCGACACCAGGGGCCGGGACAUGCCCGAGCACGACCAGCUGUCCGCGCCGGCCUCCUCCGCGCACAAGGCCGCCAGGCUCCCUCUCAAGGCGCCGCCCCAGGCUGUGCCCGGGGUCUUCAUCGUGCACGCGGCGCCCUUCUCGGUGCCUCUGGACGCCGAGGCGACGCACACGACCGUGUCCCAGCGGCCGGUAGAUGGGCUGCUCACGUCCACUGAACCCCGACGAGGGCGCGCGGCGGCCACGGUCGGCCGGUCACGGCGACGGCCGCCUUGGGCUCUCUGCCCCCCCUCGAGUGUUACAACAGGGACGGGGGCCCACACCAUAACAAGGCCCGACACGUUCCAGGCCGCGCACGACUACAAGUGGAGGUCCAGGAUGAGCCCGCUAGGACACAAGGACCUGGGCGGCAAGCGCUCCAGCGUCAGCUCCUACGCGUCCCCCGAGGCGUACGCCAGGGCCUACGUGCAGAGCGAGGUCGGGGCGGCCACGAGGCUGAGGAGCACGGACACCUCGCUCGCCAACGGCCGCCUCCACUCCCUCCACUCUGGCACCCUGGGGCCCCCAGCGCCGGCCCUGUUCAAGACCGAGGAACAGCACUGCAGUCUGAUGGACAAUAAUGUCAUGAAGCAGACCGUAAAGACGGUAGCCCCCAUCUUGUGGAUCUUCGUGGUGUACGGGCUGCUUCCCGUGCGGUUCAAGCCAGGAAUUGGACUCCGACCGAAUGACGGCUUCCCGCCUCGAGGAGUUUCGCCUCGCGUGGCUCAACCUGCGCCAGCUGACGCUUGACCUAGGCAGCAUGCCUCUCACGGGCUUGUCGAUAGUCUUCUACCUCCUCGUCAUGGUGACGCUGACCAGCUACCAGUCUGCCGUGUCCUACUACAACAACUACACCCUCCUGUGCUUCGGCAGCACCGGCUGCCUCCUCCUGUCCCAGUUGGCGCUCAUCCACAUCUUCGACACGGCGCACCGGCUGAAAGACGUGCUGUCGACUAGUUUCUACGAACCUCUGGCAUCGAAAAGCUGGAGAGGACUGCCGGCUGACCUGCUCACCGAGCACCAGCAGUUUUUACACACGAUAUCGACUAACCCGGCCGCGGUGACUUUUAUGGGCAUGAUCAGCAUCAAACGUCCAACGUAUCUAAGCAUCAUGGCAGCCAUUGCCACAUACCUGAUAGUUCUCUUCCAGCUUCGGAUGUCCGACGAAGAUUUACCAACAAAAGCGACGACUAAUUCAACAGAAUCCAGUUUAGAUUCUUUAUGUGGCAGCAAAACGUCGAAAUAAAACUUCCCUUUUUACACGA